AUGUUCCCAUUAGAACACCCUUCACAAGCGAUGAACGACACGGAUGGUCAGAGAUACUAUAGCGACAUGUACGGCCAAUUAAUGCAACAACAGCAACAACAGCAGCAAUCGCUACAUCCACAAUCACAUUACCACCACCACAAUCACCCACAUCAUCGCCCACAUCAUCAUCCCAAUGCAACAGAGAUUCGUACCAUUUAUCUGGGAAAUACACCAAGUGAUGUGUCUGUAUCUGAUAUCAUCGAUCACGUAAAAACAGGACCCAUUCAAGCAAUUAGGCCUUUACCCGAGAAAAAUGGAAUUUUUAUCACUUUUAUCGACUCGUAUGCUGCUAGUCAAUUUUAUCAUGAAGCUCAAAGAAAUCGACUAACUAUACACGGACAUGAAUUGAAGAUCGGUUGGGGCAAACCAAGUAUACUGAAUCCACAUAUGCAAUUAGCACUACAGAAUGGAGCUUCUCGCAAUGUAUAUCUAGGUCUCUUGGACGAAUCAGCAGCAGAACAAGAUUUACGAGAUGAUUUAUCAAGAUUUGGUCACAUUGAGCAUAUCAAGAUUAUUGCCGAAAGACGCAUUGCCUUCGUUCAUUAUCUAUGUAUAUCAAAUGCUGUCAAGUGUGUUAAUACGUUACCUACUGAAUCAAAAUGGCAAUCCAAACGUGUCAAUUUUGGCAAAGAUAGAUGCGCUGCUCGUGCUCCUCACCCAGCAAUAUACCAACAUCCUUUACCACAACCUCUCUUCCAUGCAGCACAGCCUCAUCCAUCGCCACCAUUGUCUUCCUCUUCUGUACCUGCACCACCACCGGCAGCAGCAACAUUAUUGUCAUCUCAAUUCGAUCUAAUGACCGGCUUACCUGUUAUUUACAACCACCCUAUGAACCACAAUAUCGGCGGCGUAGCCAACAGAACGAUUUAUCUGGGCAAUAUUCAUCCUGAUACAACAGCUGAAGAUAUUUGCAAUGUGAUUCGAGGUGGUAUUCUAUCACAAAUUCGAUUCAUGCCUGAUAAACAUAUCGCAUUCGUCACCUUUGUAGAUCCUCACGUAGCAUCUAUCUUCUUGAAUCAAGCCUUACAUCAUUGCAUUGUCAUCAAAAAUAGACGCCUCAAAGUGGGAUGGGGUAAACCAGCGGCCCUGCCUAUCAAUGUGAUUCAUGCAGUUCAGAGUGGUGGGUCUCGAAAUGUGUACGUGGGCAACAUUGACGACACAGUUACUGAAGAAAAACUAAAGCACGACUUUUCUGAAUAUGAGGACAUUGAACUGGUCAACACAUUGAAGGAAAAGAAUUGUGCAUUUGUCAAUUUCACAAGCAUUGCUGGAGCCGUUCGCGCGAUUGAAGGAAUCAGAUCGAAAGAAGAGUACAAAAAGUUUCGCAUCAAUUACGGUAAAGAUCGCUGUGGAAAAGCGCCUAGAUUGCAGCAUGCCUAUAGCAACAAAUACAAUUCAAAUGCAACUGAACAAGAUGAAAACCAAGUCGAAGUUAAGCAUGAAAAUACCAGUAUGUCCGAUAUUACAGAGUCCAAUUUGACGCUAUAA